AGGCCCCUCCCACGGCGCGCGCGGGCGACGGCGGCCAGGUGAGCGGCGGGCGCAGGCAGGAUGCUGGCGCGCGGAGUGAAGAGGAAGAGCGCCGAGCCUGACGGCCACGAGGAGGCCUACAGCCUGCAGCGCCAGUCGCUCCUGGACAUGUCCCUGGUCAAGCUGCAGCUGUGCCACAUGCUGGAGCAGCCCGACCUGUGCCGCUCGGUCCUCAUCGCCAACACGGUCCGGCAGAUCCAGGAGGAGAUGGCGCAGGACGGGGCCUGGCACGCGCCCGCACCCCUCAGCGCCGGCCCCGCACCCCCGCGGCAGCACCUGGUGUCCACGGAGGUCCUGUGUCGCCCGGACCCCGCGCAGGACCUGCUCCCCCAAGCACCCCCGCAGAGCCCCGAGGACAGCCUUUGGGGGGCCGGGGGCCCCCACGACAGCAGGGGCGGCCUGCCCUCCGCGCUGGGGCAGAUCUUUGAGACCCUGGAGGGGAGGCGGCCCAGUGCCGUGGGGGAGCUCUUCUCCGAGGUCAGCGGCGCCUACUACGACCUGGACACCAUGCUGACAGGCCCGGGCGAGGGUCUCGAGGGCUUUGCCGCUGCGGCCGCCGCGCCCCCCAGCGCCAGCUGCAAGUUGGACCUGGGUGAGCGGGAGCACCUGGUGGGCGUCCUGGUGGAGGCGUGAGGCCCC